AUGGACCAAGAUGAAUCGUAUCGUUAUCAGCCUCUGCCACCUGCUGUUGAGCAAAAUCGUCCACCGCCUUUCACACGGCUGCUGUUGCUCAAACCAGGGUCAGCUGAAGACCCUUUCGAGGCGCACCUGGAGCUUGUCCACAUCGAGCAAGCUCCUCCCUACGAAGCUCUGUCAUAUACUUGGGGCAAGCCGACAGAACAACCGAGAGACUACAUUUGGCUCGACGGCCAUCCAUUACCCAUCAAACCAAACCUCGAAGAUGCGUUACGGUCACUGCGUUUCCCGAACCAAGCUCGGCGUCUCUGGGUUGAUGCUCUCUGCAUUGACCAGUCGAACCUGGACGAGCGCGCUCGUCAGGUUCAAUACAUGAGGCUAGUUUAUAAGCAUGCCGCUCGUGUCGUCGUUUGGCUGGGUCUCAAGACUAGUGGAACUCAUGAAGCAUUGCAAGCUGCGGAGAGGAUUGCUAGACUCAGAGAAUACACAGACCCGGCUCGCAGCGGCGCGGAUAGUGCUCCGCCUGACUCGGAUACUCUUCAGGCUCUAGUCUCUAGCAUGAUGGAAGAUAUCCCUGAGUCUGCCAUGACUAAUUUGGAUGAGGUAUUUCAACGGCCGUAUUUCACUCGCUGCUGGUGCGUCCAAGAGGUUGUGGCGUCGUCCUGGGCCAUAGCCAAGAUUGAGGAUUUGGAGAUGUCGUUUUUCGACCUGAUCGCAUCAUCCUUAUUCCUCGUACAAUUGAAACAAGAAGUGGCGGUCAACGCACCAUGGGAGCUAUGGAACAAUAUCUUGAUGGUCCGGCAGCCCAACCAUCCAGUGUACCAUACAGAGGUGCAAGGAUCUCUGGGCGGCUUUCUGCACCUUCUGGAACUCACACGAACCUUUCAGGCGACUGAUGACCGCGACAGGAUAUUUUCCUUGCUGGGGAUCUGCGACGAGGGAAUCAAUCCUAUACUGGCUUUGACAGCGACAGCGAGUGGCCAGGUGAGCUGGCGCGGCCGCCUGUUCCGUCGCGGGUUGAAGCGAAUAUCUGAUUUCAUCAACGAAUUCCACCCCCAAGGCACUUUCGGCACGCCCAAGGCGCUGAUGCCGGACUACAAGCGAGAGACGGUGGCGGUCUACUGCGACUUGGCCAGGUUUCUCCUCCGCAAGACACCACGAGUGCUAGACGUCCUUGACCAUGUUUCGCACAACGAGGAGCCUGGGACGGGAGAGUACCCGUCUUGGGUACCCAAAUGGUUCGAGGGAAGAACGUGUCUCGUCUUCAGAGGAGUCUUCUUUACUGGGUUCUACUCGAAAGGCCGCACUGAUCCAUACCUGGCCGAUCUGCACGACAUUCCUGCGGUAGCUGCGCCGAUGCGACCACGGGUCCUCUCUGUCGAUGGAUACCAUGUGGACGUCGUGGACAGGAUGAGCGAUGUAUUUGAGUUUGUCUCCGGGUCAAGGCUCGCAGGCUUUGCCGUUAUCAAGGCCUGGUUUGAUCUCUACGGCGUGCCCAUCAACCCCAGGAGGGGAACAUUAUACCGCGACGGAAGUUUGCUCGACAUGGCGUUCUGCAAGGCAGUCUUGGGCAGUUUCUUCGGGGCAUCCAUCGGAUCCAACUACUCCUCGAUGAUGCAAUAUGGCGGGUUCUCCAUGGCCUUGGACCAAAGCCUGUUUGUGUCGGUCGAAGAAAUAAAGCAGGAUACACUGGUCAAAGAUCUUUCUGAGAACUUCCUGGCCUUUACAACCUUCUUGGCCGAGUCUGGAGUCGUGCAAGAGUCGUUCGGAGAGCCCGAGCGCGACAGAAAACUUGGGUCGCUGUUGCUGCCAACCACCGCCGCGUCUUUGUGA